UCGGCGCCCUCGGGCCGCCAGUCUCCCGCCGCCCGCCGCGGCCCCGAACAUGGCUGCGCGCCGCGCCGCCACCCUCGCCUGCUCGCUGCUGCUCCUGUCCGCCGCUCUGCUCCGCCGCGGCUGCCGCGCGCGCUUUGCCGCCGAGCCCGACGCGGAGCACGACGAAGAAGAGGCGGAGGUGUUCCCCGAGUCGCCGGUGCAGAGACCCACGGUGCUCGUGGCCGUCCUCGCCCGCAACGCUGCGCACGCGCUGCCUCACUUCCUCGGCUGCCUGGAGCGGCUGGACUACCCCAAGAGCAGGAUGGCCAUCUGGGUGGCCACGGAUCACAAUGUGGAUAAUACAACAGAAAUACUCAGGGAGUGGUUGAAAAAUGUACAGCGGUUCUAUCACUAUGUGGAGUGGAGGCCUAUGGAGGAACCAGAAUCUUACCCUGAUGAAAUUGGACCAAAGCAUUGGCCAGGCUCCCGGUUUGCCCAUGUGAUGAAACUGCGGCAGGCAGCCCUUCGAACUGCGAGGGAACAAUGGUCAGACUACAUUCUGUUCAUCGAUGUUGACAACUUCCUAACUAAUCCACAGACCCUCAAUCUAAUGAUUGCAGAAAACAAAACCAUUGUGGCACCCAUGCUGGAGUCUCGGGGUCUGUACUCUAAUUUCUGGUGCGGAAUCACACCUCAGGGCUUCUAUAAACGGACCCCAGACUACCUUCAGAUUAGAGAAUGGAAGAGGUUGGGCUGCUUCCCUGUCCCCAUGGUUCACUCCACGUUCCUAAUUGACCUCAGGAAGGAAGCCUCUGGCAAGCUGAUGUUCUAUCCCCCGCACCAGGACUACACCUGGACCUUUGAUGACAUCAUCGUCUUUGCCUUCUCCAGCAGGCAAGCAGGCAUCCAGAUGUACCUCUGCAACAGAGAACACUAUGGCUACCUGCCCAUCCCCUUGAAGUCCCAUCAGACCCUGCAGGAAGACAUAGAGAACCUCAUCCACGUCCAGAUAGAAGCAAUGAUUGACCGUCCUCCAAUGGAACCCUCCCAGUUUGUUUCCGUUGUCCCUAAAUAUCCAGACAAGAUGGGAUUUGAUGAGAUUUUCAUGAUCAACCUCAAGCGCAGAAAGGACAGACGGGACCGGAUGUUACGCACCCUGUAUGAGCAGGAAAUUGAGGUCAAGAUUGUCGAGGCUGUGGAUGGAAAGGCACUUAACACAAGCCAGCUGAAAGCCCUGAAUAUUGAAAUGCUGCCUGGAUAUCGAGAUCCCUAUUCUUCCAGGCCUCUAACCAGGGGUGAAAUCGGCUGCUUUCUUAGCCACUACUCUGUCUGGAAAGAGGUAAUUGACCGCGAGCUGGAAAAGACUCUUGUUAUUGAGGAUGACGUGCGCUUUGAACAUCAGUUUAAGAAAAAGCUGAUGAAGCUGAUGGAUGACAUCGACCAGGCUCAGCUGGACUGGGAACUGAUUUAUAUUGGUAGAAAGAGGAUGCAGGUGAAAGAGCCAGAGAAAGCAGUGCCCAACGUGGGAAAUCUGGUCGAAGCUGACUACUCCUAUUGGACGCUGGGCUAUGUCAUCUCUCUGGAAGGAGCCCAGAAGCUCGUCGGAGCUGAUCCUUUUGGGAAGAUGCUGCCAGUAGAUGAGUUCCUGCCCAUCAUGUACAACAAGCAUCCCGUAGCUGAGUACAAGGAGUACUAUGAAUCCAGGGACUUGAAAGCCUUCUCGGCAGAACCCUUGCUCAUCUACCCCACACACUACACGGGCCAGCCAGGCUACUUGAGUGACACGGAGACCUCGACCAUCUGGGACAAUGAGACAGUGGCCACGGACUGGGACAGGACACAUUCCUGGAAGUCCCGGAAGCAAGGCCACAUCCACCGCAAUGCCAAGAACACAGAGGCCCUGCCAUCGCCAACCUCCUUGGAUGCCGUGCCUUCGAGGGACGAGCUCUGAGGGCUCCAUGGGGGAUUCACCACCCUUGGUUUUUUCUAACGGGCUAUUCAUCUGUUUGCUCCAGUUUCUUUUAGUGGCCACAGUCAUCUAACCAAAGUGGUCUGAUGUAAUUGAGCAAAGUUAAUAUAUUCUUGACAGGGGAGGAUAAUAGGGAAACUUAACCCAAAUUUCCUAGGAUGGCUAGAAGAUAGGCUUUAUGGCAACCAUCGAGAUGAACUUCAAUGUAGACACCGAGCCCUUCAGCUUAUUAUCCAGAUGAUACUGCUUCCUACAUUAAGGAUCAACAGUAUGGCCCAGAGACUCAUCCAAGAGAAGGGUAAUCACAUCAGUAAGUGGGUGGGCAAGGUAGCCAAGCCACCUGACCACAUCUGUUGGUCUUGUGGGCCCAUUUUAUAUCAUAGGUAUGACCUUGAGAACUUGUGUAUGUAAUUGGGGAGGGGGAUCAAAUAAUUUAAAAUCAAAGUUAUUGGGCUUUGGUUUAAAGGAAUUCUGUCAUAAGCCAAAGUUAGCUGUUCAUCUCAUUACCCAGUAGGGAUGGGUGGGUAUUUGGGUCUGUCUGAACUUGGCCUUGACUAUCAUGGCAGUUGAAGCUCUCAUACAGAGAUUUUGCCAUGUGGGUAUAGUUUAUUAGAUAUUUGAAAGUUUGUGUAGAUAUUUGAGAAAACAAGAACUCAGACUUUGGCCUUUUCUAUUGUGGUCACUUGAGUUAGGAUGCUCUAUUUAUGAAGAUAAAUUUAAUAUAUAAGGGGUUAGGGCUGGUGUCUAACUUCUGUCCCCAGGGUCCCUGUGCUGCCACUGCACGUCACACUCUCCCCUCCGCCCCCGAGCCUGGGAAUGAAUUGUGAGUGUAAGUUUAAUGAGUCACUGUUAAGAGGCAGAGCACAUUUUCAGGCCAGCAACUGUCCUUGCCUGAGUUUUUCUAUUUUGAGUUAUUUAUUCUACAAAAUGUGGGGGAAAUGUGUGUAGGAUAAGGCAGAGAAACAGAUUUUUCAAGCUCUCAGAGCACCCUAGGGAGCAGUGAGUGUGCGAUCUGGUUCUCCUGCAUUUCCCAGCCUGGCGUUUUCAAGGGAGGCCUGUUGAGUGGGAGGGUCUCAUCACCCGGAAACAAAUGCUUCUCCAUUUCAGAUGACAGACCUUGGUCAGAAACAGGGGACUGAGCAACUGAUUUAGGCCAACCAUGAGGGAGGCUCUCAUAGCAUCCUGGGCAGAUGACCUCUCUGCUGUCUUCACAGACUGAUUUUCUCUAAAGUGCAGUGUUGGGCUACAUCUUCCCUGCCAACUCCACAAUCUGUGUUCCUCAGAUUCUCAUGAUGGUUUGCCUCAGGUUUGCAUUUUCCCCCCCGCAAGCAGUGAAACUUUGCCUCCAGAAAUACCCUCCCCACACCCCCCUUCCUGAGCUUCAUGCUUUGGAGCAGAGCCCAUGGGCAGGGCUGCUGCGUGAACCAAGCCUAGUGCUUCCUGGAGAGGGCCUCCAGGUUGCAGGACGAGGUAGCUUGUCUGCCAAAGAACACCAGUCUCAGCCUUCCUUCUUGACUUACUGCCCGUAUUCUUCCACACUGAUAGUAAGCAAGGAGGCUGAGGAAGGGGAUCUCAGCCGACUUCUAUCUUUACUGCUUUGACAUACCUGUCAGAGCCUGACUCUCUCUUUUUUUUUUUUUUUUUUCCUAGAAAAACAGAAAGAGCAUCUGGGGAGCUAGUGAAAAACCCUUAGGUGAUCCCUAAGGUUCCCUUGGGUAUUUUGCAUUUUGUUUGCAUAUUUGAGUGUGUGCAAGUGUGCCUGGCUUUCAUGAUAUAUAUUUUUUAAUAGGGUGGGAGGGAUAUUGGGAGUGAAGAAAGAUUGAGUUGACUUUUGUGUGGUUUUGUUUUAAUAGAGAACAUUUUUUUUUCCCUUUUACUGUCAGCUGGCCUGAUGGGUUUAUGGAUUCUCAUUCUUAAAAGACAUUGGUCUUAAGUUCUAGAAUUUUAGAUUAGGACUGUUCUACUGUGAAUAAAGUUCUGGCUCUGUUAGCCCAGACAUUGCUUCUGCCUGCUCAGGUCUGGGAUCCCAAGCAGCGCUCUUUUGUUGUGAACAUUGUGAUCUGCAACCCCGCCCCCGCCAUUUGUUUUUAAAAAGUCACCUCUUCAGCAAUUCAGGGGCUCCUUGACCUCAUUAUUCCUGCCUCCGCCCUAGUUUUACAUCAAGAUAUUUGACCUUUGCAGUCACAGACCUUUGCCUCCGGCCAUGGCACCUGUUCUUUGUCUCUAUAAGUUAAACCCUGUCUGGAUUCCCCCAUGUGGAUCUCCCCCUGGAUCUUGGAAGCCAAGGCGGGAUCUCCUGGAUAGACGACCCUGACUCCAGCAGUGCUGGUGCUGCUGAGUGUGGACUGAGCACCUACAAUUUGCAGAGGACACAUGGUGUGGGCCUUGCUUUGGGUUCCCUGGGGCCUGCUGCAGGAACUCUGGAAGAGAAGAAAGAGCCGACAUCCCAGCAUCCUACACUGUCUAUCAUGCUGUGUCGUUUCAAGGAGGGGAGAUGAUAAACUACUUGCCUUCUAGAGCUCUUUGUGAAAAAUUAAAAAAAAAAAUAGCUCAA